AUGAAACUUUUUGUUACUGUUGGUACGACUGAAUUUGAACGACUUAUUGAAACUAUUAACGAAGAGGAUGUAAUGAAACAACUCUCCCAAAUUGGAAUUACUGAAAUGGUUGUUCAAUAUGGACACGGAAAAUAUAUUCCUGAAAGUAAAGCAGGUAUAACAGUUCAUUCAUUCUCUAUGAAAACAUCAAUUUCAGAAGACUUUAAAGCUGCUGAUUUAAUCAUAACUCAUGCUGGUGCUGGAUCUGUAAAUGAAGCACUUAGUGUAAAAAAAUCAACUAUUGUUGUUAUUAAUGAUGCAUUAAUGAAUAAUCACCAAACAGAAAUAGCAAAGAAACUUUCAGAACUGGGAGCAGUUACAUAUUGUCCUUCUCCAUCUACGUUAAAAGAAUUACUUUCUCAUUACAUUAUUCAACCUGGAAAAGACAUUGUUCUUAAAGGAAAAGAGGUAGAUGAAAAAAUUGGUAAUCUCAUGAAAGAGUGGUGUGGAUUAGAUAAAAAUAAAGAUAAAGAAAUUUGUGUAGUUCUUGGAAGUGGUGGACAUACAAUGGAAAUGCUUCAUGUGUUACAUCCCUUAGAUGAAUUGUGUCAUGAGGUUAUCAAACAAUUUGAUGUAAUUGUAGCUGAGAGUGAUAAUAUAAGUUCAAAAAAAUUAGAAGGAAUAAAAAGUAAAUAUAAUGUUCAUCAAAUUCCACGAAGUAGGAAAGUUGGACAGUCAUACUUUACUUCUAUUUUUACAACAUUGUAUGCCAUAUUUGUUUGUAUUGGUAUGGUUUUAAAAAUUAGACCAGAAGUAUUACUUUGUAAUGGACCAGGAACUUGUGUUCCUGUUUGUAUUUGUUGUUGGUUUUUAAAUUUAUUCCAAAGUAAAAAAACAAGAAUUAUAUAUCUUGAAAGUGUAUGUAGAGUUACUACAUUAUCUCUUACUGGUAAAAUAUUAAAAUUUAUUGCUGAUAUUUUUGUUAUUCAAUGGGAAGAAUUAAAACCAUUAAAUAGAAAUGCAAUUGUUCAUCAUCUCUUUUAUGCUUCAGAUAAUUAA